ACAAGAAGAAGAAGCGACGCCAUUUAUUUGUUUGUUUGUUUCGAAACUUACUGGAAUUACCGGGACUUUUAACUUGGACACAAGUGCCGAAAAUGUGAAAGCAGAAGCAGAGUUUGUCUUUAUUUUGCUCAAACUCCGAGCUUCUUAGCCGAACACUUUUUAGCACGACACCAAAAUCAGCAGCUGUGGAAGUGCGCAAGCUGGGCUUUAAGUUCCUGCAAGCCGAGCGCUGUUUGGCACAACACCGUCUAAUAUUGGAACUCCAAUUAUUCUGCACCGUUAACUGGAGGUGACUGCAGCUUGUGACCAACAUGGAAAGGAAACAUCAUAAACCAGACUUCUCUGAACCUGAACACAGCCUUGUGUCUCGGAAGUCAAAGGAUGCCAUCAUUGUCUUCAAAGGAGGAAAAUCUCCUGCUAUUGAAAAAUCAGAUGACCCUGAACCUGAACCAGGACUCAGCUCUACGUAUAAGAGGAAGAGGAAGCGGAGGAGUUCCAAGAACGAUCCCACUAAAGUUAAAAGAGUAAAAUCCUCGGCUGUUGAGAAAGCUGUUCAGCCGGACUCAGAUUUGGAAGGUGAAACUGACCUGGGUCCAGUAUUUCAGCGGCUGGAGGACAGCAUUGUCACCUUUGUUAAAAAUGAGCUAAAAAAGACGCUGAAUUAUUUGAAUCCAGAAUCCUCAGAGAGUCAUGAAGAGGAUGAGGAGGUGUUGGAGGGUGAAGAUGAGGCACAGAGGAUCAAUGCAGAGGCAUUUCUGAAAAUCACAGUUAAUUUCCUGAGAAGAAUGAAGCAGGAAACGCUGGCUGACCGUCUGCAGAGCAAAAACCCUGACUCAGGUUGUAGGCACAAACUCAAAUCUAACCUGAAGAAGAAGUUCCAGUGUGUGUUUGAGGGGAUCGCUAAACCAGGAAACUCAGUCAUUCUGAAUGAGAUCUACACAGAGCUCUACAUCACAGAGGGAGGAACCGCAGAGGUCAAUGAUGAACAUGAGGUCAGACAGAUUGAAAAGAUUUCCAGGAAACCAAACAGACCAGAAAAAGCAAUCAGAUGUGAAGACAUCUUUAAAGCCACAGAGGGGAGAGAUAAACCAAUCAGAACAGUGCUGACAAAGGGAGUCGCUGGCAUCGGGAAAACAUUCCUAACACAGAAGUUCACUCUGGACUGGGCUGAAGAUAAAACCAACCAGGACAUCCAGUUCAUGUUUCCAUUCACUUUCAGAGAGCUGAAUCUGCUGAAGGAUGAAAAGUUCAGUUUGGUGGGACUUGUUCAUCAUUUCUUUACUGAAACUAAACAUGGAGGACUCUACAGCUUUGACAGCCUCAAGGUUGUGUUCAUCUUUGAUGGUCUGGAUGAGUGUCGACUUCCUCUGGACUUCCACAACACUGAGAUCCUGACUGAUGUCACAGAGUCCUCAUCAGUGGAUGUUCUGCUGAUAAACCUCAUCAGGGGGAAUCUGCUUCCUUCUGCUCACGUCUGGAUAACCACACGACCUGCAGCAGCCAAUCAGAUCCCUGCUGAGUGUGUAAAUAUGGUCACAGAGGUCAGAGGGUUCACUGACCCAAAGAAGGAGGAAUACUUCAGGAAGAAACUCAGAGAUGAGGAAAAGGCCAACAAAAUAAUUUCUCUAAUCAGGUCAGCACGAAGCCUCCACAUCAUGUGCCACAUCCCAGUCUUCUGCUGGAUCACUGCUACAGUUACAGAGAACUUAUUAAAAACCAGUGAAGUAGGAGAGCUGCCUCAGACCCUGACUGAGAUGUACAUCCACUUCCUGGUCGUUCAUACGAAAAUGAGGAACAUAAAAUAUGAUGGAGGAGCUGAGUCAGAUCCACACUGGAGUCCAGAGAGCAAGAAGAUGAUUGAGGCUCUGGGGAAACUGGCUUUUGAGCAGCUGCAGAAGGGAAAACUGAUCUUCUAUGAAUCAGAGCUGACAGAGUGUGGCAUCAAUAUCAGAGAGGCCUCAGUGUACUCAGGAGUGUUCACACAGAUCUUUAAAGAAGAGAGAGGGCUCUACCAGGAGAAGGUGUUCUGCUUCAUCCAUCUGAGUGUUCAGGAGUUUCUGGCUGCUCUUCAUGUCCAUCUGACAUUCACCAACUCUGGUGUCAACCUGCUGGAAGAAGAACAAACAGCAUCAGUGCCGACUGAAGAGCCUUCAGUGAGACACUUCUACCAGAGUGCUGUGGACAAGGCCUUAGAGAGUCCAAAUGGACACCUGGACUUGUUCCUCCGGUUCCUCCUGGGUCUUUCACUGCAGACCAAUCAAAGUCUCUUACGAGGCCUGCUGACACAGACAGGAAGCAGCUCAGAGAUGAAUCAGGAAAUAGUCCAGUACAUUAAGAACAAGAUCAGUGAAAAUCUGUCUCCAGAGAAAAGCAUCAAUCUGUUCCACUGUCUAAAUGAGCUGAGAGAUCAUUCUGUUGUGAAGGAGAUCCAGUGUCAUCUGCAUUCAGAAAGCCAGUCUUUAGGGAAUCUCUCUAUAGUUAAUCUCUCUCCUGCUCAGUGGUCAGCUCUGGUCUUCAUCUUACUGUCAUCAGAAGAAGAUCUGGAUGUGUUUGACCUGAAGAAAUAUUCAGCUUCAGAGGAGGCUCUGCUGAAGCUGCUGCCAGUGAUCAAAGCCUCCAAGAAAGUUCUGUUGAGUGGCUGUAACCUCACAAAGAGAAGCUGUGAAGCCCUCUGUUCAGUUCUCAGCUCCCAGUCCUCUGAACUGAGAGAGCUGGACAUGAGUAACAAUGACCUGCAGGACUCUGGGGUGACGCUACUCUGUGCUGGACUUGGGAGUCCCCACUGUAAACUGGAAACCCUCAGGUUGUCGGGCUGUCUGAUCACAGAAAGAGGCUGUGAGUCUCUGGGCUCAGCUCUGAGCUCCAACCCCUCCCAUCUGAAAGAGCUGGACCUGAGGUACAAUCACCCAGGAGACUCCGGAGUGAAGAUGCUCUCUGUUCAACCAGAGUGGAAACUGGACACUCUCAGGAUGGAGCCUCGUGGAGACAAAUGGCAGAAAACAGGUCUAAGGAAAUAUUUCUGUGAUCUGACUCUGGAGCCAAACACAGCACACACAAACCUGAAACUGUUGAACAACAACAAGAAGGUGAUGUACAUGAAAGAGAACCAGUCGUAUCCGGAUCAUCCAGACAGAUUUGAUCACUGGCCUCAGGUGCUGUGCACUAACAGUCUGACUGGUCGCGGUUACUGGGAGGUUGAGUGGAGCGGAGAGGUUCAUAUUGCAGUAGCUUAUGGAGGAAUCAGACGGAAAGGAGACGGUGAUGACAGCAGGUUUGGAAAAACCUAUGAGUCUUGGGAUCUUUACUGCAGUGAGAACCUCGGUUACUUUGCUACUCACAAUUACAGAUCAAGAGCCAUCCCUCUGCGCUGCUCUCCUGUCUGUCACAAAGUAGCAGUGUAUGUGGACUGUCCUGCAGGGACUGUGUCCUUCUACAGCAUUCCCUCAGACACACUGGUCCACCUGCACACUUUCAUCACCACAUUCACAGAACCAGUAUAUGCUGGAUUUAGAGCGAAGCCACCUAACUCCAGCAUCUGUCUGUGUGCUCAACCAUGAACUUUCUGUGCAGAGAAAGUGUCUCACUUUGGUCAAAAAAUUAAUUAUUUCAUAAUCUCCAAGCAAAAUAACCACAAUACAAUUUAUUCAAUAUUAUUCUGUGUAUUCACCCUCAGGCUGCAGCAGUUAUUCUUCCUCAGGCUUGCUUUUUUUUUUCUUCCAACAUUUCUUGCUGAAAACCAUUCUACAAAUUUUUUUUUCUUUUUGUACAGGAGAACAAUGUAAAAUAGUCAUUUCAUAUUUUCUGAAAGACACUAAGACUUAUUCAUAUAUAGUGUAUCACAAAAGUGAGUACACCCCUCACAUGUCUGCAGAUAUUUAUGUAUAUUUUUUAAUGGGACAACACUGACAAAAUGACACUUGAAUGAAAAGUAGUCUGUGUGCAGCUUAU